CUGAUUUUUCCUUUUUAGAUCCACCGAAUGGGGACAACAGUUAGCACUUUCCACAGCCAAUAUUUGGGAGGAGGGAAAGAAUCCCCUAAGAGGCGCCCACCACCUGCUGUUGCAAGGUGCCUCUGCCCUGGUAGGAGCUCAGCUGGGGUCUUUGUUGCUGGGAAACAUGGCUUCCACCUGCUCUUCCGUUACCCAGGGUCACGCGUCUGGAGCUUGCUUAGCAACGAGCCUUUUUCAGGCAGCAUGGCGAGCAGAGACUCAAGCUCGAGCGACUGGAAGACCGAGGGCACACCCGUGACAUUGAGCACCGCCGUGCGUGAGCACCUGCGGAAGCUGUGUCUGCGUGAAUUUCCGUGUGGCACCGGGAGCUGGAAUAAGUCACGCUUUCUUCCUAAAACAUGUCGAACCUGGAGGAACUUGGUGCCCAAGGAGGAGGAGACCGUUAGUGUUGGAGAGGAGAGUGUGGAGGCGCUGCUGGGCCUGGUGCGAAGCGAGCACUCUCCUUGGGCUUUGCUGAAGGACUCCAGUGCUGAGGACCGGUUCCUGAGAGAACUGGCCAUCCAGAACCCACUCAUGAUCAAAGACACUUUCUUCUACUCGUACUUCAGGUCCCUGCGGGUUGUGGACAAGGGGGUGAGUCUGGUGGACAAAGACCUCUUGAAAUUUCUGAAGCUGGAGGAGUUGAUUCUGAGUGCCAAUAAAAUUGAGGAAAUUGAUGCUAACAACCUGCCCCCGACACUGAAGGUGCUGGAGCUGUAUGGCAACUUGAUCACCAGUAUGGAGUGUCUGUGCUCACCUGCACCCCCCAACCUGCAGCACCUGGGGCUAGGCCAAAACAAACUGCUGGGUUCUCUGGAGAGUCUGUAUGUCACCUCCAACAACUGGGACUGGCCAAUAACCAUCAUAGUAGAACAGGCCAUGGCCUUGCCCCAGGUUGCCAGCACAGCCCCUAACAAUUACACCAUGUGUCUCUCAUUCCCAAGGACAGUCCUCUUCAGCACUGUCCGAAAGCCCUGGUCUGAUGUCAUCCCUUGCAACUAUGAGAUGAAGCACAUCCUCAAGGAGCUGGUGCGGGUCAAGGCCUUCCUGCUGGCAGGGACCACUGUGACUAUCGUAGAGGAGAAGACCCUCUCCUGGCCUGUGAUGCCAACUCCUGUCGAGAGUCCCAUGUCUGGCAAGAAGGGGAAAGGAGACAAGAAGAAGAAAAGAAAUAAACAAAAGGCAGUGGCUGCCAAGGUAACUGCAGGGCCUGCUUGGGAUAAAAAGGGACUCAAGAAGAAAAGGGAGAUUCCCAAGGAGCUUCGCCGGGACCCACCCGUGCUGCGUGUGCUGGGUAGCGGCCCGGUGUUCCUGGAACCCUUGCUGGCAGGGGAGCCAGCAGUGACCACUGUGUGUAAUUUUGGGGUGGUCCGCACCCCUGAUUCUGACAAGCUGACUUAUGCCAGGGAUUCAAAGAAGACAAAGAAAGUUCCCAAAAAAGAAAGGUCAAAAACGGCGAUUCAAACCUUGGAAAGCACGUAUCAGCCGGAGCCCCUGACUGUGGAGAUCCAGAUCCAGAUGCUUCAGUACCGCUCGGUGGAGGAAGCAUUCCUCAGUCUGAUUUGA